AUGUCCAACAUUCUCACCGUUUUCGGCGCAACCGGCGUGCAAGGAGGCUCCGUUGUUCGUGCGGUGACCGCGGAUUCAGUCUUGUCCAAAACCUUCAAGAUCCGUGCCGUCACUCGGGAUGCAUCCGUCUCUUCCGCCCAAGACCUUAUCAAACAAGGGAUUGAACUUGUUACUGCCGACAUGAACUCUCGUUUCUCGCUUACGGAGGCCCUCAAGGGAACCCACACAGUCUUUCUUGUAACUUUGCCAGACUUCGUGACUGGGGCAGCACCAGGAACCGAGGUUGAGCAUGGAAAGAACCUUGCGGACGCAGCCAAGGAAGCAGGCAAAUACUUCGUCGACGUUGCCAAGAACAGGAGCAACGUCUUGGGCAAGCAGAUCUAUGCCGCUGCCGACUACUACACCCCCACCCGCAUCAUGGCAGAGUUUCAGGAGGAGAUUCUCGAGAACGAGCUACUCUGCGAGGAGCCGGGCUUUUACGCCGGCGGCUCGCUCACUGAAGGCCAUGAGCUGCUUUCCAAGGUUGGCCUAGCUCCAACGACUUGGAAGGAGUUCUUGGAGAAACCCGUAUCACCAGCGGGCGGCGUCCCUCAAAACCGCGGCCACCGCGUCGCCGCGCCCCUUUUUCCGAACGCUAGGGCCAACCAGCCCGCCAUCAGACACAAGCCCCCGAGAGGCGUGACAGGGCCCAUAAAUCGGAAGCGCUCGUUGUCUAGCGUCAGGGCAUACAAGCUUCCGCUGAACAUGGUCAUGCCAGCAGUGAAGAAAGCGCCGGCAACGGGGUUGUUGCUGGCCACGAGAAGGGCGACCGAGUGA